AUGAUCUCAUCUGGUUCAUCUCAUGUCGUUUCAGCAAAGUCGUUCGUCGAGUGGUACUAUCGGCAAAUCAACGAAAACAAGCCCGUCGCGUCUGGCUACGUCAACAACAAUGCGACCUAUACCAAGGCAGGCCACCCGCCGGCUGAUAUCACCAUCAACGGCCGCGUUGUCGCAACGCCAGAGGAGUGGGACACGAUGCUGAAGGAGCAGCGUGCGCAGCAUAACACCUCCUCGUCAUCAACGCUCCCCAUUGGCCGCAAGCCGGUUCGUUACGACGUUGACUGCUUCGAUGUCCACGUCAUCAACGCCGACUACCGCUUCGCUGCACCUCAGAGGAUGAUCGAGCAGCAUGCGCCGACGGAUGGCGUGCGCAUGAUGAUGGCACUGACUGUCAGCGGAUCGGUGUAUUUCGGGGCAAGCCCGCGAAGCACAGAUGACUACGUCAUUAAGCAACACUUCAACGAUGUAUUCAUUUUAGUGCCUAACUGGGACGUGCUAGAGAAACCAGGGGCAAGGAGCGGAAGGAAGUAUCUGAUUGCCUCGCACAAGUACCGGGCGUAUUGA